CCAAAAUCCAAAAUUUUGUAGCUUGCUGGUCUUGCUACUCAACCCCUUAAUCCAAUUCUACCAAGAAAACAACACUGGUUUACUUGCUCGUCACGCUCUUCAGCGCAAAAGAUCAUUCGUCUCAAGAUCAACUUUUAAUUCCCAGCAUUCAGUCUCUCUAAUAACGAAGUCAAAAUGUCCGCCAUCCAGCUUUCGUUCUCUCUCCGCGUCUCCUCUGGCGUCAAGACCGUCCACCUCCUCGGUUCCUGGGACAACUACAGCGGCCAGCUCCCGCUCUCCAAGGACAAGAGCUCGUCCAAGUCCGGCACCUGGAAGGGCACCUUCCGCUUCCAGCAGGCCACCCUCCAGCCCGGCCAGCGGUACUGGUACUACUACAUCAUCGAUGGCUACCACGUCUCGCACAACCCCAGCGAGGACUCCACCGUCGAGCCCACCACCGGCCGCGCCCUGAACAUCCUCGAUGUGCCCAAGUCCAAGUCUUCGUCUUCGUCUUCGUCUUCUUCCUCCAAGUCGUCGUCCCGCAAGUCGACCUCGUCCUCCAAGAGCCGCAGCUCCGCGCACGGCGACAUCCCCAAGGGCCGCCCCCUGUCGGUCUCCCAGAUCAAGGCUCCCAAGCCCGUGUCGCCCAACGCCACGCGCCACAUCCUCGACAAGGACUUUGACGAGGACGAGCUCUCCAGCCGCUUUGCCGCCACCGGCAUCUACGACGACUACUACGACGAGGACGUCAUCACCGACUUCGGCAUGCCCGGCUCCCCGGUCUCGUCGGUGGGCUCGUCGCUGUCGUACCGCUCCGACAGCUCGGGCUCCUCGGGCUACAGCACCCCGGCCUCGGACUGCUCGUCGUGCACCUGCGAGCGCUACGGCAUCACCCGCAAGGGCGAGCGCGUCCGCCUCGACUGUGGCGGCUCCCGCUGCUCGUACGACGACUCAUGCUCGUCGUCCGAGGACGAGGCCGAGUACAUCGAGCGCAGCUCCCGCCGCAACGGCAUCGUCGUCCGCCACUAAGCUGCUGUCGGCCAUGCCUCGGGUGAGGGAAAGCUGAAGGAAAGAGAAAGAAGAUGUUCUUCAACUUCCAAAGGACUCGGGUUUUAAUAAGAGGGCCAGAGGCGUGACGCUUUUUUCGUACUGCUCCGCCUCGAAGUCUUGUCCUCCGGUGAUCUCUCCCACUCCCCCCGGGGAAAUCGCCAAGUCCCAGUCCAGUCAAGAACCAGAACCGUCCGUAUACGACGCUUCCAGGGCCGAUCCGCGGGAAAGGAGAUGGAUGGCCGUCCAUUCACUCUC